GCUUGUUGCUGUUUCACACAACCAGGUUUCUUUUUUCUUGUCUCCUUUUUUUUACAUUUCUUUUUCAUUUAUUUUUUUGUUUUCUUGCUUUUUGUAUUAUUUUAUAGAAUAUGGUCCUUAAUCCUUUCAAGUCGUCAAAAUGGAGACAUAGGUCAACUACUAUUGAAAUGAGGGAUGAGCAAGACCGUACUUUGCCACCCGGUAUAAUAAAAUCACCACAUCCUCCUUCUCUUCCUGACUCAGCCAACCGAAAAUCUAAAAACAAAAAAGAUGUACCUUUUAAUUCAGAUAGUUUAUUGAAUGGUAUAGGCGAUUAUGUUUUUCAAUCUCCACUAGGCGUUGGCAAGUUCAGCAAAGUGAUGUUGGCUUAUCAUUACCUGACAGGUGAAAAAGUAGCCAUUAAGGUAUGGCUUCAUAGAUAAUAUCAUAAGCUCACUCAUAGAAUGUAGGUGAUUAACAAAAGAGCACAUAUAUAUCGUGUUAUGUCAAGACUUAACCGAGAAAUUGCAUUAAUGGAAGUAUUGGACCAUCCGAACAUUGUGCGUCUGUAUGAGACAUAUGAAACUGCAGACGCUCUUUAUCUUGUGAUGGAAUAUGUUCCUGGUGAAAACCUCGAAGAAUAUCUCAAGUCGAUUGAUAAGAAUAUCAUUCCUGAAAGCCAAGCGCGUGAUAUCUUUCGUCAGGUGGUAAAAGCAGUAGACCAUUGCCAUUCUAAAUGGGUGGUGCAUAGAGAUUUAAAGACCCCUAAUAUUUUACUCACACCAGAUCAUCGUGUUAAGAUUGCUGAUUUUGGUUUAGGAAACAGAUUUGGUUUACAGCGUCUAAAGACUGUUUGUGGAUCUAUGCUUUAUUAUAGUCCAGAAAUUGCUACUGCUCGUUCCUAUGUAGGACCCGAGGUAGACGCUUGGUGUUUAGGAAUCAUGCUCUAUAGAAUGACAGCUGGCACAGAACUCUUUUCUCAUGCAAAAACUCCAUCUGAAUUGAAAAAGUACAUCGUUAGUCGCCAUUAUAAGUUUCCUCCUCAUUUGAGUCCAGAAAUUCGACAAACUAUCCAGAAAUGUUUAGCCAUGGAUCGUUAUGACCGACUUUCACUUAAAGGCUUCCUAAGUGACGACCCUUGGUUCACCAACCAUGGAGCACUAAAGAAUGUCUUUGAAGAACGUAUUCCUAAUACUUGUUAUAGUGCACUUGAUGUAACGGAAGCCUAUGCCGAAUCAGCAAAAUCAGACGAUGCAAAUCGAAUUCAGUUUAGUACACAAAACAGCAAGAGACAGUGUAAACAAGAUCUUCAAGAAGAGAGAAAAAGAGGGUUAAAAGUACCCAAGACUGUUAUUUAUCACAUCACAAACCCUGCUACUUAUUUUACAGGACCUGCCCCGCAUUCUUCAUCACAUCCUAUUGAUCUGGAAGCUCAGUCCCAAGUCAUAACAGAACUUAACCAGAAUUUGCUGGUCACUAUGAAACAAGUACGACUGCAACAGAUUCAUAGCGUGUCUGAUCUGAAAUCACCCAUCAGCCAUAUUUUCCGCAAAUUUAAACGCUCUGAUUCUUUCCAUUUAGGAGAGCAUCAAGAACCAAAACAACAACUUCGAAAAGCAGCUUCUGCAUUAAAUUUAUCUCAGAUUUACCAGCGCGUGGCCAAGGACCAUAUCAGUUAUUUCUCAAUUCAAUGUAACAUUCAGACAGGCUCUUCGACCACAGUUAUUUCAGGUUACUCAACUUCUUCCACAUUUGUUUCAGCAGAUAACAGUAAACGCGCACAACAAAGCAGACGAUUGUCACAUCGAUUAUCUAUGGUGUUUCUUUCAAACACAUUGUCUGAUUUACAACAGCAACAACAACCACAAGAAGAAGAUCAAUCAGAUGUAGAGCAAAUGAAGUCUAGUCAGUCUGAAUUCAUCAAGAUCAUUCGACUUGUUUGUGAAAUACUUGGUAUCACAUAUUAUCAGACCUGUAGUACACAGCUUGUAUGUCUUUUGACUCUACGCAACUGUAGUAAGAAAUCUAUUAUUCAACAACAACAGCAGCAGCAGCAGCAACAGCAGCAGCAACAAUCUUCUCUGUUUCGUUCCAAAUUGUUCACUUCGAGUGAUCGUCUGUCCGAUACACAUCACCAUCAUCAUAGACAACAAACAAACUCAACCAUUAGUAACAACUCAACACAUAGUUCUAAUAGUUGGUGGAGUAGACAAGUCCAUCGCAUUUCAGCACCCUUUAAUUCACAAUCAAAUCUUUUGAUCAAUGGAUCUUCAGCAGCUGGAGGUGGACUGAUGUUAGGUAACAGUAGUCAUGAUCUGCUGUCGAUGGGUAGAUUAACUCAGCAAGAACAACAGCUUCAACAAAGACAACAUCAAUCUGAAGAAGAUCAACAAAACGAACUCGAUGAAUCCAAUGAGCCUGAUGGAUUUGUCAUGCUGUCCAUUGAUGUCUCUUCUGUUCCUUCUUCCAAGUCAAAUGAAGAUGGUUCGCCUUUGCAGAUUGUUGCUAUUCGAUACUCGAAAAUAAAAGGAUCCAACAAAGUUUUUAAACUGGCUAAGGGUUGGAUUCAAAUGAUACUAUCUCAAAACAACAACAUGAACAAUAAGAAGCAAUUCAGUAGAUCAGAAGCAGAAGCCUAUAUGAAAUCUGUCGAACAACAACAAUCAUUUCAAGACGAAAUGAUUCAAAUGUAAACACACACACUCUUUGUAUGAAAUAUACC